GCAACUGGUUUCGAUUUAUUUACUACAAUUUACUACUCGUAAGGCGACAAGACGUCUAUUUCUUAUUUAUAUUUUAUAAUUAAUAUAAACUAAUGGCGCCUCCCACACCUAAUCCGCACGAUAGUAUUCCUUACCAUCUAAUUAGAAGAGCGACGAAGAGGAGUGAACCAGGCUGCUAUCAAUUACAUAGACCAUCCCAAUGUCGUUUAAAGUUUCCUGUAACCAAGCGUCCCAUCCACAAAUGCGAGUUACCGCGCCGCGAGUUCGUCAUGGUGCCGGAGAAGGGAGGGGGGUUUAGGAAGCUAGACGUACCGCGGAAGGAGACAAACUACUACCCUGCUGUUAUGCCUAAAAGCGACUUGGAGCGACUGAAAGAGCAGGCUAGGAUCUUCACCCAGGAGGAGCAGAUCGCGGCAAUGCACGCGCAGGAAGCCGCCGUCCAGAAAGCCGCCAAGGAGUCCGAGAUGCGGAAACAAAAGCUAAAGGAGAACCUCAAGCCUCAGCCUGGAGCGGAGGCUGCAUCUGGACAGGCAGACCCUGAGCUGGAAGGGCCGGAUCAAGCAGCCCACACCCUGAGUAGGAACGAGAUGCUAAAAGCGGACAACAUGCAGGGUCCGCGUCUGUGCAACCGUGUCAUCUUGGCUUCUAAAUGCCACGCCAUUCGCGACGCUCAGAUUGUGGAGAAAGAUCUCAUUAAGAAGGAAAUGAUGGAGGAAGAGAGACGCUUGGACGCCAUAAUGGAAGAGAAUCGCCAGGCUGCAGUGGCCCGCGCCGAAGCGGACGAGGAACGCCGCCACGGCCUGAGACUCCAAAACCUGACCGCGUUGAAGGAACAGAUCAGCGCCCAUGAGUUUGCCAGGGUGAUGGAAGCGGAACGCAUCGAAGAGGAGAGCAUCCGCGUAAAUCAGUCCAACAUCGCCAUGCAGAUCGACGAGGCUCAGAAGCUGAAGGAGAAACACGCUAGGCAGCAGCUGCUGAAGCAGAUACUUGACCAAGGCAACGCCGAGCUGCUUUACUUCAAACAGCUCCAAAUGGAAGAAGAACGAAUCAACGACCUCCGCGUGGCCAACUUCCUGAAGCAGAGACAGGAGCGCGAGUCCAAGAACCGCGCCGAGGCGGAAGCCAUCAAGGCGGCCAAGCAGAAGGGCAUCGACCACAUCGCUAAAGCGCAGAAGGCGGAACAAGAGCUGAAGGAAGAAUUGGAGCGCAUUCGUAACCUGAAGAUACAAGAGGACGUGGAGAGAGAAUACCGGAGGAAGGAGAGAGAAAACGCUAUACGGCGGAACAGAGAGAUGAAGCAUCUGCACGAGGCGCGCGAGCAGCAGAUCCACGAUAUCCAUCGCCUCAUCGCUCGCGAGAUCGCCAAGGACGAGCAGAGCUUCAACAAUGCGGCCAGGCAGAAUGAGGAGUUCUUGCAGAAAGAGAAAGAGCUUGAGAACAAACGCAAGGCGCGUAUUGAACAGCAUCGCCAAGAGAUCAUGAAGCAGAUCAACGACAAGGAGCGGGCCAGGGCUGAGCUGCGUGAGAAGAUUCACAACGAGGGCGUGGCGCUCAGGAUGGAGCAGGAACAACAGGACAAGUACGAGCGCAGAGUCAUGAAGGAGAAGGUGGCCGCCAUGAGACAACAGAAGGUCGCCGAGAAAUACGUGAAGGAGGUCGAACAGACCCUCAGCCACUACGGAUACAAUGACCUCAGCUAAAACAUGCACUGCGAGAUUUACAAUCAAGCCAAUAAUUUAUUUUUUAUCUACUAAAAGACGACUUUCUUGUGACUUCAUUUAUUUUUGAUAUUAGGUAAAAAGCUAAAAUUCAUCUGCUAACCUAAUUUUGAACCGGUCGGUGAUAUGAUACGAUUGAUCUAUUUGGGAGCAACGAUAC